AUGUCGUUCUUUCCUCUUCUUUGUUAUUUUCUCUCAUCUUACCUUUUCUUUUGUGUUUCUUUUCAUUUCUCUUUUAACGUUAUCUGCCUAUGUUUGCUUGUAACGUAUUUUACACUUUCUUUAUUUUCUUCUUGUCUGUUUUUUCUUCUUUUUCCCUAUAAUUCAUUUCUUUUCUUUCUUACUCUCUCCUUUGAUAUUCAGUUUGUGCUUUCGUUUUUUUCUUUCCAUUCUUUAUAUUAUUUAUUUUUUCAUGUUUUCCUUACAUUUGCUUAUAACAUCAUUUAUACGUUCUUUUUUAUUUUCUAUUUAUCUCCUUAUUUUCUUCUAACAUAUAUUCCUCUUCUUCGUUGUUUUCUUAUCCGAUGUUCUAUAGUUCUUUGCCUUUUUCUCUUUUCCUUUUUCCAUUUCCUCCUCAUAUUUGCUCAUAAAAUAAUUCUCAUCAUCGUUCUUUUCUCUUCUUUUCUUCCAACAUUUACUAAACUUUCUUGUUGCUUUCUCUUUCGAUUUUAUUUGUCUAUUACUGAAGCCUUCUUUCCUUUCUUUCUCUUUUUUUCUCUUUUUUUCUCUUUCACAAUAACGAAAACUUCGUACCCAAUAAAUGUAAACAACUGCAUCAACUCAUAUAUCUAUCUAUCUAUCUAUCUAUCUAUCUAUCUAUCUAUCUAG